UGCUCCCGUUGCUGCUCUCUGAGAGGAACGGAAGACAUCUUGCUGCCGUCGGUCGUUAUUCAGAGUCGGCCUCAGUCUGCUGACGUGCUGCCGGAGAGAGAGAACCCUGAGAACCCCGAGAACAGAGCGGAACCAGAACCCGUUUGUAGUCCCACCGUGUAGCUCAGCUAGCACAGUUAGCACAGUUAGCAUAGCCACCGACGCCGCUAGCGCAGAGCUAGAUGCUAGUGAGCUAGCGCCUCCUAGCUGCUCCUCCUCCUCCUCCUCCUCCUCCUCCUGCAGGCCCUCUGCGCAGACACCAUGGCUCUGAAACGAAUCACCAAGGAGCUAACCGAUCUGUCCAGAGAUCCUCCGGCUCAGUGCUCUGCUGGACCCGUCGGGGAAGACAUGUUUCAUUGGCAAGCUACUAUUAUGGGGCCUCCUGACAGUCCCUAUCAGGGUGGCGUAUUUUUCCUGACUAUUCAUUUCCCCACAGAUUAUCCCUUCAAACCACCCAAGGUCGCCUUCACAACAAGAAUUUAUCACCCAAAUAUUAACAGUAACGGCAGCAUCUGCUUGGAUAUAUUGAGAUCACAGUGGUCUCCUGCAUUAACUAUCUCUAAAGUCCUUUUGUCCAUUUGUUCUCUGUUAUGUGACCCGAACCCUGACGACCCGCUAGUGCCAGAGAUCGCCCGCAUCUACAAAACAGACCCUGUUAAGUACAACAAGACUGCUCAGGACUGGACUCAGAAAUACGCCAUGUGACCCUCCUCCUCCUCCUCCUCCUCCUUCUUCUUCUCUCUCACUGCUGGAAUAAACUGUUUGAUUUUUCUCAUGUGGCCACGCCCCCUCCCUUCUCAUCAGCCAAUAACAGCAAUUUGUUCAUAAUAUUUUCUUUUUGGUCCUAAAUGCUUUUAAAUUCUUGAUUUUUUUGUUUUGUUUUAUUUUUCUUUCUCUGCUUUUCAAAAUAAAAUUUAAAAAGUAAACCAGGUGAAGGGCUGAGGACUCUGAGCUGUGAAUGUGCCAACUGCAAAACAAACGAGAAAAACGCAGUGGACUGAAGAGAGAACUGUUACAAUAAAAUAAAUAAAUAAAAAAUAAUAAUUUAAUGCAUGUCAGUGAUUGGUUCAUGUGCUGCUGAGAUAUAUAUAUAAAAAUAAAAGAAACGACAGCCUUUUUUUGGUUUUAUUCUGUUUUUGUUUUGUUGUUUUUAGACGAGAGAGCCGUUAGUUCAUCCAUCAUCCAACACUGUUCUCCUCUUUUUGCACUGAAGAUGAAACUCAAAGCUCUCAACGGCUGAUUGAUCAACUAAUCGCUCUGUGAUGGGUUUUUUUCUCAAUAAAGUUGAACAAAUUG